UCACCCCGCACCGCUGUUGUUGUGCACCAGAAACGUUCAGCGGAAAAAUGAAGCGGUGAUUUUUAAUCUUUAUUAUCAUUUAUUUUUAUUUUCAUUUUUUCAACAUCGUCGACAAUACAUAACAAUUACACACACGUCGGUGUGAAGUUUUAUAUUAAAAUAAUAAUAACAAUAAUAAAUAAUGUACCGCACCGGACCGUUUUAAAGCAGACGCCAGCUAGCCGACUUAGCUGCUAACUCACUUAGCUAACUGCUAACAAGUCACUCAGCUAACUGCCGUUAAAUAACUGCCAUUUCAUCACCCGCCGGCGGUGAGGGGGUUAUUAACGGGGUUAUUAGGGUAUUAUUAGGGGUUAUUACAUUACAGAGACACAGACAGGUGUGUGAUGUGCUGACACUCGAAGCUCAGGUGAGGGAGAAUUGAAUAAAACUCGGUGUUUGUGUGUUUAAAUAUUAAUCACCGAGUGACGAGUCUGGAGAAAACGCUGGAUCUAGUGGGCUUGAAGCCGGGAUCGGGGCCACUGCUGACCCCGCAGAAGAAGAUGAAGAAGCGCAAGGAGCUCAACGCGUUGAUCGGACUCGGGGACGGGAAGCGCAAGAAGCCGAAGAAGAGCUCCGGACACCGGCUACUGCUGCGGGGGGACGCGGGGGACACGGACACCGAGAGCGUCUCCAGCUCCGGGGAAGAGGACGACGAGGAGUUCAGGAGUCUCAGCCUCAGUCCGGGGGCUUUCCGCAAGGGUUCGGCUCAGUGCUGCUCCGUGUGCUACCCCCUGUGUGUGUUCAUCGUCCUGGCCGCGUGUCUCAUGGCGUGUGCUGGACUCAUAUGGAUGCAGAUUGCACUUAAAGAAGACUUGGAUUCGCUCAAGGAGAAACUGCGCACCAUGGAGUCAAGUCAGAAGGCAUCUUCACACGAAAUACCGAAGCUGAACGAGGAUCUGAAGGCCAAACAGAGGACGCUGGAGGACAUCGAGAGCGGAGACAAGGGCUUAAAUAAAUUAUGGGCCAAUCUUACAGAUAUUAACAGAAAGAUAAGCACGCUGGACUCUGCUGUAAACCACCUGAAGGCCAACAUUAAAUCAGCAUCAGAUUUAAUUACCCUCCCAACAACCGUAGAGGAGCUCCAGAAGAGUGUUGCCACAAUAGGAAGCACACUUACUAGUGUUCAGCACGACGUAAAGAUGAUGCAGAUUCUAAUCGAGGACCAGAAGAAAGGAGAAAACAAACAGAACAGCGAAAAGGCCGUUUUGUUGCCAGUGGCUCAGGAUGCCAACAGCAGAACUGUGAAUGAAGGAACAGCAGAUGACAGCAGCUCUACGACAUCUUCAAGUUCUGUCAACUCUCGCCAUCGGCGCUUUCUCAGCAAGAACCUGUCCAAUAGGGAAAAGGACGUUCCACCACAAACUCUCACGUUUCCUGGAGUCAACUCUGCUGAAGCUUUGGAGAAGCUCAUGCGUGCCAGGCUGGAGGACAACUCCGAAGGCGUAACGUACGAGGAGCUGAGGAAGAUCUUCGGCGCUUCCACUCCGGAUUCCUGUCUCCUCAAGCCGUUCGACACGGAUCAGGACCACAGGUACACGCUGGAGGAGCUUCGGGCUGCCGCUUCUCUCUGAGGAAACUGUUAACAAAUCAGUAACCGUGCAGCCGGUGGCGUGAAGAACAUUAAGACUGAGACGGAGGACGACGCGCCGCUUUCGGUGUGAACUGUUUUAACGGUGGCUAACAUGGCUGCUGCACCUUGAUUUGUUUGUUUGUUUGUUUGUUUGUUUGUUUUUGGUUUUUUUUCCAUUUCUGUAAGCCAGUAUUGGAGAGAUUUAAAGACACGACCUCGCAGGAGUCAGCAUCAUGUUUCAGCGACCGCAGAUCAGUUUUAAAACCGUCCACCGCACUCCGAUGGACCUCCGAUGAAGCGCUCUGGAGACUUUCUUACUAAUCACCAAGGUGUAAAUAUGCUUGUGAAUACGUAAUCAGAACACGGUGCAUAAGAGCUUCACGUCGGUUACUUUGACACAAGCCCAGAUUUACACCCUUUUAAACGCUGUAUAGGAUCCAGACACAUUCCUUUUCAUUUUGUAGGUGUUCCCUGGGAGGCGGUGAGGAAGUGAUAGAAGACAUUGUGUAUUUAGCAAAAUGUAGCAAUAAUAUAUAAAUAUAUUACUCUUAAGGUUAUAA